AUGAUUCUUCUCUUCGUUUUUCUAAUUUCUCUUGUUUUUGUCAACUCAGAGAUUGGAGCAGCUGAUCCAAAAUUUGCGAAAAAUCUGAAAAAUCAAGUCAUAAAUGGCAACUUCAGUAUGUUUUCUGAUCCGAUUUGGAUUGCUGAUUGUUCCGGAAGAUUCAAUGCAGGACCAACACCAUUGAAAUAUUACAAAAAUAUAACUAAUCUUUUUUUUGUUGAAGACGGGUUCUCCUAUACAGAAAAUCAAAAAACUGUUAUUCGAAUUGGAAAUAACCCAAUGUACUAUUUCAAAGCCAAGUUACAAAAAAACGGAGCAUAUUUGGUUGACCAAAUAAUGAAACACUGUUCAGCUUACGAUACUGCACAAGAUAUUACUAACAUCUAUAAACAUCUAGGAACUACUAAGAAUUUUGCUGAACUUCUCAUUGUUCCUUUUAUAAUCGGAGUACGUGAUUUAAAAAAUAAUAAUAUUGAUAUUACCACUUAUUCUCUCAAAAGGUUGGCUGAUUAUAAUAAAGUCAACAACUUCGAUGUUCGACAUGGAUAUUAUGAUCAUAUUGAAUCAGCUGAUUUUGUUAAAUCAGGAUUAUUGAAUCACACAAUUAAUUUCAAACUAAUGUACUUCUCAAACAUCGGAAAGCCAACAAUAGUUGAAUUCACUGCUGUUAGAAAUGAAAAAUCUCAAAAAUAUAUGAUAGAAAAAGAAUACAUAAAUCCGAAAGAACUCAAUUUGGGAGAUAUUGUGAAAUCCAUUGUAAAUCCAGUUCUUCGAAUCUUUGAGAAGUAA